AUGUGGCUCGUUUUUCUAGCCGGUGUCAAGAACAGCAACCCACUCAACAACAUCUACUUCCUUCAGGUAGAUACGAGCAAUAUUCCCGGCGCACCGGCCCAGUCACGAUGGACCUGGUGGAAUAUCUGCGCCGUAGAAAACGGCAGAAGCCAAUGUGGAAGCUCGCACCCUGACUACCCAUUCGACCCCCCAAGCGACCGCAACUUCGCUACUGAUGUUAACAUCCCACCCGCCUUCAUCGGCACCAACCACUACUUCCUGACUUCCCGGUUCUCGUGGCCGUUCGAGAUCAUCGCGUUGUUCUUCGGUGUCCUCUCUCUGUUCACCGGCUUGCUGGCCCUAUGCACCCGCAUUGGAAGCUACAUCUCAGCCUUCAUGGCGUGGCUCGCUCUGAUCUUCCAGAUCAUCGUCAGCUGUCUAAUUACUGCCGUCUUCGUCCAGGGUCGCAACAAGUUUAACGACAACAACCAGAACGCCGACCUCGGGGUCAAGGCCUUCGCAUUCCUGUGGACUUCGGUCGCUUGCUGGUUUCUCGCGUGUCUCAUGUACUGCAUGGGCGGCUCAGUCGGCCGAAAGGACCGCGGAUACAGUGGCCGCAAGCAGCGCCGCCGCGGUUUCUUCUCCGCACGACAUGCCAGCCAGGAGCGCAACAAGGAGGUCGCUCCCUAA